CUCUCUGACCGGACACGCUGAGCUACCGUGCCGGCAGCCACUCAGCUAUCGGCGCGGACGUCUUCACGAUGACGCUGCUCAACAAUAGAGGUAGCACCAUGGUGGGACGUGCCCGCGAUCCGGAGUCUGUGCUGGGCUCCAGCGCCAGACCUCUGGAACUGACCGGCCUCUGGUCCCCGCAAGAAGAGGAUAUCUGGAGCAUCAAAAGCGCCCUCCCUCGUGGCAUAACGCUGGCAUUCAUCCUUGGGAUGUCGAUUAUGUCUGUUCUCAAACUAGUGAUGGAGCGUCCACGAGAAAUAGAGGAGCUAGGCACUUGCAUCUUCACAGUAGCAAUUCUCUGGGCAGUUUUUUUCAAGGUGGUUUGCUUUUAUGCGCAAGGGCCUACACUGCGCCAGCUGGUGAAGCUGCUGUUGGAGAUUAGAACAGUCUACAGUACCGGCGAACACAAUGACGAAAUACGGAGACAAUACCAAAGACUCGAAGACCGAAUGUAUCUGAUUCUGUUGGGAAUGAUUAUACCAGCUGAAGCCAUCUGGGCUGCUAUGCCACUAAUUCACCAGUUCGUUAACACGGAGGAGGAGGAGGUUUCGCAGCUUCUGCCUCUGCCCAUCUGGCUCCCAUUGGAUAUCUAUGCAUCUCCCACCUAUGAAGUGAUCUAUGUGGCACAAGUCCUGACAAUACCGUUUUGUACUCUAAGUUUGUGCUGUGACUUUGUUUUCAUUGAUCUCAUGCUACGGAUUGCAGCUGAGUUGGAGAUUUUAAAUGGCAACCUUCUGGGCUUGCAUAAGAAUCAAAUCAGUGUUUCAGUAAAGUCCAAGAAUGAAUACAAACCAGUGGAUCAAGUUUCAGAUGACGAGAUAAAUCUACAGCUAUCGAAGAACGUGAAACAUCACCAGGCGAUUCUUAGGUCCAUAAACUUGCUAGAGCAAGCAGUGAGGACAGGAAUAUUUAUUUUGUUCCUGGCUAUGACGAUCGGAAUAUCCAUCAGCAUCUUCGGUACUAUGUCACUUUUGCAGACUACCGGAGGCAGGACGAGAGCACUGAAGUUCAUUAUCGCGAUGCCUAUUGUUCUCUUCGAGGCCGGGUCAUACUGCGUCUUUGGACAGGUAAUAACGGACCAGAGUGAGAAACUGAUGCAUUCGGCAUACAGUUGUGGAUGGCUGGACUGCGACAUUCGAUUCAGACGCAACCUGCUCACUUUCUGUAUGGGUGCCAGACGGCCUCUGGAGAUCACAGUGGGGAGGAUGUCCAAGCUGUCCAAGGAGACUUUCCUGCAGGUUUUAAAUGGAGCGUACGCGAUGUUCAACAUGCUUUACGGGUUACAAAGUAAUAGAUAAAGUCCCAGUUGUCUACUUUGGCAAAGAACAUAAGCUGACUCGAAUUCCAGUAAUAAGGACUUCUAGGACAAUCUUUGCGCCGUUUUGUUCAAAAAUAGAAGGAAACAACAUUAGUAACUAUAAACUUGACCUAGUUUCUCUUCUAGCUUUACAACACACAUUUAA